CGGAGUUGGUCGUGUUCAUGGGUGCUCCAUCAUAGUUAGUACCACAAUGGGAUGCAAGCAGACAAAGACGCGGUCUCUAAACCAGACAUCGGUCAAAGAAGCUCUUGAGGGCAAGAUCAACUGUCCCCGGGAACAGUACUUGGCCAAGAGCCAGCCCACGCCCACGCCCUCCGGUGAGGAGAUACUGAAGCAGCUGCGAGAGGAUGGGAUCGUCCCCGACCGCCACCGCUCAGGUGGAGUUGCCUUUUCGGUUGCUGUCAAGGAUGACGUUACCGCCCCUCGUGGGAAGCCACCCAGACGCAUGGAGCGCAUGCCUAUCAAAGGCCAUUACACCUCAGAAGAGCGCCAGAUGAUUGCUGAUGUCGUUCGAUUUGACAGAUUUGUGGAGCAAGUUCAGAGGAGAACCCUUGAUCGUGACAUAAAAAGAAAGACGGUGCUUCUGGAGAAGGAGAGGCAAAAUCCCAUGAAGAAGAUGAUGGCGCGUCAGAAACUCUGUGAGCGGGAAAAACGUCUUCAGAUAUUUGCAGAGGAGGAGGCAUCAAAGGAGGAGGAGAAGGUGGCAAAGAAGAAGGCGAAGGCUGCCAGGAAGAAUGAUAUAAUAAAGAAUUCGCCUGCCAAGAAGUAGAGGAAGAAUGAGGGAGAAGUGGGGGAGGACAGGCGCCUUGGUCAUGAGGAGAGGGCGGUAUAUGAACACUCUUGUCAUAUUUUGUCAUUAUGAGUUGUUGUGAUAUGAAUGCAAAGAAAGCUUUAGUAACAAUAGCUUUUUAACAAUAUUGUAUACAUAAAAAAACAAAAUAAAAAAUGAUAUACUACAAAAUAUCUGAAAUCUAUGUUAUAAAUUCUUAUCAUCACUACCUGUGGAAUACCUGUUCUGACGGGGAGAAGCCUCUGUUGAGAGAAGCGCCCGGGUUGUUAACACCAUACUGUAUGAUAUUGUAUAUCUUUAUGUCAUAAUUAUCACUUGAAUGUUAGAAUAUGUUAGAUAAAAUAUAUAAAAAAUACUAAAUUCAAAAUACAAAAUAAUUUCAAAGUCAAAUUCAUGGAGUCGUCUCAGUAGUACAGGCGCCUAGCUUGAUCAAAUGUAUAGCAAUGUCCUUCACAUGGAAGUCCUUUCUUCCAAAUAUGAUUAACAAAGACAGGGAACGUAGAGUUCA